AUGGAUAUAUACAAUUCCAAUGGGUUGUCUUGGGCUGAUCAAUGGGACCCUGAGCCUCUACCAUCCGAAAGGCCGAAUGAGAAGGAGAAAAGUAGGUCCGACAAGAACAAGGCAGGGAAGAAAAUUCUUAACCUCAAAUGGGUUAAGAACAUAUGUAAGAAAUCAAAGAACAAUGUACACAAGGUUGAGCAACAAGCUACAAUAAAUAAGUGUCACAUUGGGCUGCAACACUUGCAAUGGAAACCUUGUCAUUUGAUGGAAGAAAAUUGUAGUCUUCAGAUUCUCCAUGAAAGGCUGGACUCGAAAUUCCAUGCAGUAUUCUUGCAACAGCUCUCGGAGUACAUUCACAUCACUGUCCCCUUGGAAGUACUCAUGAAUAUUCCUUCGCAUACAAGGCGUAUGUUGAUGUUUAUGGCAACCAAAUGCAUUGUCACACACUCUGGCAGCGAAGUUUGCGGCAUGAAACAUUGCAUCUAUCUUGCGAACCUAUUUCAAGGCAAGAGCAGACACAGAAGACAACGCAAGUUCUUUCACAUAUAUCGUAGCCACAAGUGGGGCAUAAGGAAAUAUAGUCCAAUUCUUAGAAGCACUCUGAACAAUUAA